CAGUUUCCCAAAUGCAGCCACAAAGAACGAAUGUAUUAAAAUUUUGUGUUGUGCUUAUUAAAAGGUGAAAAAUGGAUUAACUUGACGUGCUGAAAAGCAAGCGCACUCCGGUGCCCAAAGUACACCCAAUAAUUAUGCGAUUUAAAGAGCUAGCCGUCAUGGCACCCCAAACCAGCAAAAUGUUGUCCCCAGCGACGUACGCCACCGAUUUCGUACAAAACCAAUUUUUAACAUCAUUUACCACCCUUAUUGCCGAAGAGCAAUUUAGCGAACCAUCAUCCACUUCGCUAUCUGUCCGUACCAAUGCAAUCCUCAUCACUAAUGGAUAUGCUGACGACGCCCACCAUCUUUCCGUCGAACAUCGAUUGGGAGGGCAAGAUGGAGCCGUCGUCACCGGCGGACAACUCCCAGCAUGGCUUUGCUGAGGAGUGCGUUUACGACGACAAUUACGAUUACUGCAAUGAAGACCUGUUCAGUAAUGGUCUCAUCGAUUUGGAAGAAGAUUUGAAGCCUGACCCAUCCAUACUGUUGAAAGGAGAUGUUCUGGUGAUUCCUCUUGGAAAGCUGCCCGAAGAUCUAUGCUACGAUGACAAGCUGAAGAUACCGUCGAGCGAAUCCGUGCUGCUAGGCAGCUACGGUCCGCUGCCGACAGUUGUGGAGGAUGAGUUUUACGAUUUUCCAAUGCAACCGGAGGCAAAGGCCGCCCAAACCAGCACCGUUCCCGAAACGCUGAUGGAGUUCGACUGUGUUUCCGGCACCAUGGAGCUGAUGAACCAUCUGACACCACCGCAAACGCCGCCCCAAACGACAUCAUUCGGUGGUGUCGUUGGUUGCGUCCUACCAAUGCAGCCGUCAUCCCUGCAUGCUGUCACGGUACCGCAACAGCAGCAGCAGGAACAGUUCCAACCGUUGUACGCACCGCAGCCGAAUGUGCAGUCACUUCUGCAGCAGCAGCAGCAACAGCAGGCAUCGUUCCAGGGUGCCAACGUUACCACCACCACCGAUUACUACAUCAUGGACGAGUAUUCUACCAUGACAUCGCAGCAAACCGGAGCUGGUGGUAACAUGCAGCAACAGCAGCAGAUAGCUGUAACGAUGGAACCACUGCAGCAAGUACCCGAUGACAUCGCUACCACUUCGUUCAAUUUCGACCUAAACUACACUCCGCAGCAGUUGAGCGAGAUGGCAAAAAUCAUGCGCAGCCUCCAGCUUCCACUGGAGGUAGAGGAGAACGUCUCGUCCUACCACGAUGAAGAGUCGUGCGGCUUUUCCGAGGUUGGAUCGAUCGAGAAUGGUGGUGAUUCAUCCAGCUCGUCGGCUUCCUCCAUGGUUGCCCAUUCGCCCGUGUACAGCGAUUCGGCCGAGUCGUCCGCUUACUACUACGGUAGUCGCGGCAACGACGGUGACGAUGAGGACUGGAGCCCUUCGAAAACGAAGAAGCUGAACGCACGUAAUGGCGGUGCCGUGAUGAAGAAGCGACCGAACGGUAGCGCCGGCAAUGGCCGUGGUAUCGAGGAGAAAAAGUCGCGGAAAAAGGAACAGAACAAGAACGCUGCGACGCGCUACCGCCAGAAGAAGAAGGCCGAAAUCGAAGAGAUCCUUAUUGAGGAGGAGAAGCUGCGCGAAAGGAAUGAAGAGCUGAAGAGCCGUUCGCAGGAUCUUGGACGUGAGAUAAGCUGCAUCAAAAAGUUGAUGCGCGAGUUUUGCCGAAACAAGGGUUUACUGUGAA